GCUUCAACUUCCUAGCGGGAAGCCGCUAUCGGGAAGUGUUCACAGACAACAGGAAUAAAUGAUAGAUACAGUCACACUAAUCACAGGAAGAUGAGGCUAUCGCGAGCUGAAUAUAAAGAGAUUGUGAGAUGGACUGAACAACUUAGACCUACUCGACAGUGUAUGAAGAUGCUGAAGGAAAGAUUUCCAAAUCACUCGCAGUCCACUCUUCUGAGCAUCUUCUCCCUGGAGUACCAGAAAAGAACCAAAAGAACAAUCUCAAGACACCAUGCACCAGAUGUUAUUGAAAGCCACUACCAAAGGUAUCUGAGUGAGGCCAAGGCACAUCCGACUGCUCCCGUCCUGCUGGAGUUGGCCAAUGAGGUGGAUCUGUCUCCUGCACUGAUGGCUCGUAUCAUCCUGGACAGGUUCCUUCAGGGCCUGGAGGGUGGAAUGCCCCCAAAAACCGUCCUCAACAGCAUGCUGAAGGAGCCGUCUUUAAUUCCAGACCAAAUCUUGGCCAAUCACAUUUAUCAGUGCACAAUAAAUGACUGCUGUUAUGGACCGCUGGUAGACUGCAUCAAACACGCCAUUGGUCAAGAACACGAAGUGCUGCUCUGUGACAAACUGAAGGAGAGGAACCUUUCUUUUCUCGAUGAAAACCAGCUGAGAGCAAUGGGCUAUGACAAAACACCCGACAUUAUCCUGGAGGUUCCCAUUGCCGUGGAGGGACACAUUGUACACUGGAUUGAGAGCAAAGCCUCAUUCGGAGACGACCACAGUCAUCGCACAUAUCUCAACGAACAGUUCUGGAGCUACUGGAACAGGUUUGGUCCAGGCCUUGUGAUCUACUGGUACGGUUUCAUAGGAGAGCUGGACUGCCAGAGAGACAGAGGUAUCCUGCUCAAAGACUGCUUCCCUACAGACAUUGUCACCCUGUGCCACGCCACCCAGCAGGACCGACCACCUCAAGAGCCAGAAUAAACACAAAGACUGACAAAAAAACUUGAGAUGGAAGGAAAGAAAGAGGAGGACAAGGAGGCGGGAAGUGUAGGAACUGGGGUGGAUACCUAGAUCCGGAAGCAAUUUGGCUUUCCUGCAGUGUGAGACGACUGGCGAAAAAAAUCUGCCCUGAACUCCGCCUGACCCUUUGUCUCUGUCUGUCUCUCCCUUCCUCUCUUUCACUGCCCCAAAGCUACCACAUGUAAAUACACACCGUCGUUCUGUAUAUCUGACAGCACAGGGUCAGAUUCAUACCUGUGUGUGAAAACACCAUCUUGGAGGCUUUCCUGGUCGUGGUCAGCUCCUGGCCCCUGGAUGGCCUCUCGCAGCGGACAGCCAGGGUGAGAGCCAGGGCCUGAGCAGGACAUAAGGCCCUUCCUUAUCACACCCAAAGCCCUGGCCUUUGUCACUCCUUCCUCCUCCACUCUAUAGGCAGAUAAGAGAGGUGCGGUCCGGGGGCUGGGUGGACGCCUGUCUCUCACCUGCGUCACUCGGUGCCCUCUCAGUCACUCUCCAAGGGGGUAAACAGGAUUGUUUCUGAUUAAAGAUGGCCUCACUGUGACCUUUUUCACUUCACUUUAUAAAAUCUAUUGGGGAUUUUUUUUUGUUGUUUGGCACAAUGGGUUGAAGCACAGGUUCACACUGCAACUCAGUUUCAUCACAGAAUUAUCCACAUUUUUUGUGAAUUAUGUUAAUUAACUCUAAUUAAUUUCUCCACAUUUUGGGUACACUUCCUCACACAGCUUCCAAUAAUCUCAAAAACCACUGAUUCUGAUGACAAUACAUAAUGGCCGUUCCUGUUUUUCUCCUAGGUGUUGAAUACAGGUAUGGUUAAAGGUCCAGUCUGUAGGAUUUAGGGGCAUCUAUUGGCAAAAAUUAAUAUAGUAAUAUUCAUUUUCAGUAGUUUAUAAUCACCCAAAACUAAGAAUUGUUGUGUUUUUGUUACCUAAGAAUAAAUAAUUGUUUAUAUCUAUAUGCAGCAGGUCUUCUUCCACAGAGUCCACCAUAUUGUUUCUACAGAACCCCAAACGGACAAACCAAACACUGGCUUCAAAUAGGGCCUAUUCAUGUUUUGGUGUCUGGAAAAUUUUCACCUCUGCAACCUCACCGUAAGAUGAUACUUAAUCCUACACACUGGUGAUUGAUCAACAAAAGAAAUUGGUGGUGGUUAACUUUCCAUACAUUUUUUGUUUUUUUAUCAACUGAUUAAUCAAGUCACAGCUUUGAACAUCGUUUGCAAGGUUAUUGACUAGCGUCAGUACUAGUCUGUACUGAAAAUCUAUCACAUGAGCUUUGUUAGUUAAGAUUUGCUAACACCAGCUAACAAGCCUAACAGCCCUCAAUUUCAGUAUUUCCCAUUCAAGGAAUGACAGCAUCUGUUGAGCCAGAGAGCUGAGGCCACAGUCUAAUAAAAUGCAAAUUAAUUUGUGAGAGUGCACUGUACGAUUUUUAAAAAAUUGGCCCUUUUUACGU